AAGAGACAUCCGCUCGCACACGCCGCCAACUCCCUCGCCGUCCGCGCUCGCUGCCGUGACACGCCAGUAGUAGCGAGCCUCUCGCCGCACUACGCCAUAGAUACGUACCAGUCGCGCUGUCGGCGGCACGCCGUGUCCGCUGCGUCCCUCGGAGCCAAUUCGGGCGACGCCACAUUCUCAAAUUUGAGUCGAAGCGACAUCGAGCAGCGUGGGACAGCUGCUCACGCACGCCGGAACCAUGGAAGCUGAAAUCAGAGCCCAGAUCCCUGACAUCGACCCCAUCCUGUCUGAUUACUCGGUCGGAUAUCUGACCCAUGCAGCCAAUGCAUUCACCCCUGAUGCAGACCCCAACGCCGCCUCUCCGCUCGAGGAGGCUGCCGCCGCCGUGACGGAGCUGCUCCUCUCUGCCUCUGGCGAUCUCUCGACACAGAACGAGACGAGUAUCCAGAACCUCGUUGAGAAGUUCAUCUCCCGCCUCAAUGCAGCACACGGUAGCGACCCCGAGCGGCGCCAGAUGGCCCCCUCGGCCAAGAAGCUGGACCAGGCCAUCCACGUGGGCUCGCAGAGGAAUAUGUCCUCCACCCUUGGGCUGGCUGGCGGCGGCGUCGACCUCGAGUCUGCCAACACGCGCAAAGUAGAGUCUAGAGUCGACCGCAAGAAGCUGGAGAAGGCCGAGCGCAAGCUGCGUGCAAAGCAAGACCGCAAAGUCUUCAAGAACGUCGAAUAUGAAGCAUCCAAGCUACUCAACCAGCCCACCGAAACCCAGAGCUACGAAGAGUUCUACAUGCAGGUUAACCCGCUGCAACUGGGCUCUGAUGCGAGCUCCAAGAGCAAGGACAUCAAGAUUGACAGCUUCGACAUUUCGAUUAGCGGAAAGCGGAUACUGACGGACAGCACUCUGACCCUAGCGUAUGGCCGCCGAUAUGGUCUUGUCGGUCAGAAUGGUAUUGGUAAAUCGACUCUUCUGAGAGCACUCAGUCGCCGAGAGGUGGCCAUCCCUACACAUAUCUCGAUUCUUCACGUCGACCAGGAGAUUACUGGCGAUGAUACUCCGGCUCUGCAAGCUGUCUUGGACGCGGACGUCUGGCGGAAGCAUCUGCUUAAAGAGCAAGAUAAAAUAACGAAAGAGUUGGCUGAUCUGGAAGCCGAGCGAGCGACCAUGGCCGAUACGUCUGCCGACGCCGCAAGGCUGGACUCCCAGCGCGAGGGUCUCGACAUCACCCUCAGCGACAUCCACUCCAAGCUUGCGGAAAUGGAGUCCGAUAAGGCUGAGCCUCGAGCAGCGAGCAUUCUUGCCGGUUUGGGUUUCUCGCCUGAGCGGCAGCAGUACCCAACCAAGACGUUCUCUGGUGGUUGGAGGAUGAGGUUGGCUCUGGCAAGAGCCCUGUUCUGCGAACCCGAUCUUCUGCUUCUAGACGAACCGUCCAACAUGUUGGACGUCCCAUCAAUUACCUUCCUGUCGAACUACCUCCAAGAUUAUCCGAGCACUGUCCUGGUGGUUUCUCACGACAGGGCCUUCCUAAACGAAGUCGCGAUGGAUAUUAUCCACCAGCACUCAGAGCGCCUCGAUUACUACAAGGGUGCUAACUUUGAUUCGUUCUACGCUACCAAAGAGGAGCGGCGGAAGACGGCUAAGCGAGAAUACGAGAAACAGAUGGCCGAACGAGCACAUCUACAAGCCUUCAUCGACAAAUUUAGGUACAAUGCUGCGAAGUCAUCUGAAGCCCAAUCCCGGAUCAAGAAGCUCGAGCGAAUGCCCGUGUUGCAGGCGCCCGAAGCAGAGUACAGUGUGCACUUCAAAUUUCCCGAGGUCGAGAAGCUGUCUCCUCCUAUUAUCCAGAUGAGCGGCGUCACCUUCGGCUACACCAAGGACGACAUAUUGCUGAAGAACGUGGACCUUGACGUGCAGCUAGAUUCGCGGAUUGGCAUUGUCGGCCCCAAUGGUGCUGGUAAGACUACGGCGCUGAAGCUUCUCAUCGGCGCCUUAGAACCCACGUCAGGCCUCAUCUCCCAGAAUCCUCGUCUAAGGAUCGGCUUCUUCGCGCAACACCACGUCGACGGGUUGGACCUCAACGACAGCGCCGUAGGAUUCAUGUCCAAGAAAUUCCCAGGUAAGGCCGACGAGGAGUACCGCCGUCACCUUGGCGCCUUCGGUAUCACGGGCAUGACGGGGCUGCAGAAAAUGGAGCUAUUGUCGGGAGGACAGAAGUCGCGUGUAGCCUUCGCAUGUUUGUCCCUGACAAACCCGCACAUUCUAGUGCUCGACGAACCGUCGAAUCACUUGGAUAUCGAGGCCAUGGACGCGCUUGCAGAAGCACUGCAGAAGUUCCAAGGCGGCGUGCUCAUGGUCAGCCACGACGUCACCAUGCUGCAGAACGUCUGCACAAGUCUGUGGGUGUGCGACCACGGGACGAUUGAGCACUUCGAUGGCACGGUGAAGGAUUACAAGCGCCGGAUAACGGCGCAGGCAAACGAGGCGGGCGUCGCUCCCAGUCCCCACGGCUUGUCCGUAGUCGCUCCUUUGCCUCGCAGUUCUCGUGAUAACGACCCCCGCCCGCCUUACACAGUCACAGCGGCCGCAGACGAGCAGAGAGUGCUGAACACUGCCGGCGAAUCACCGUACCCCCCUCCCUUCUCCUCCCUCUACUUCCCGUCCGAGGACGACGCCGAGGAGCACAACAAGGCCGUCGACGACGCACAGAACGAAUCUCCGCCGGCGUUCGCUCCUGCGCCCCCGUUUACAGAGUCCUCGUCCUCUGCUGCCGCUGUUGCUGUCGCUGAGACUAAGGCUGCGCUACCGCGCGACACCAAAGACGGUUCCGGCAGUAAGGAUAUCGACGACGGAGAACCCCCGCCCCCGUACAGCGAAGGAUCAAGCCCGCUCGAGUCGUUCACAUACGUGAUGGCAUCCGCAGGAGGUCCAGCGAGCAUCAUCACUCAGGUGUCACAGCAGAGUGGUGGGCCGCCAAUUAACACACUGGGAGGAUCUGAUGAGAACAUAACAUUGGAGCUGAGAGGAACACGGUUCACCCUCUCGCGCGACGAACUCCUGACGCUCCCCGAAUUCGUUCUGUUGUCGCUGUUCCCCAAUGGCCUCCUCCCUGACGGCCAUAUGAACUCAUACCACGAUGGUGACGUAUACCCAGUCGACGUUGGUAACCCCGAUCUCUCUUGCCCCCCGAACACGCGCAUCAACUCUAUUCAAAUGAUUCUGUACCACCUCUCCAACCCCGCAUUAUAUCUAUCUGACAAUAUCUAUUUUUCCCAGUACGACCCUAAUUCUCUCCAAUACAUGCUGGAAUUCUUCCGAAAUGUAGCUCAGACCAUCCCUGCCUCGCCUCCAUCUCCCACAGCGGCGCCAGACCAUCCCACCGAAGCGCAUGCCAUCGAGCCCUCGCACGGCUCCGCGAGAGACAUGCUACAAGACCGCGCCGGCAUAAUCGUUCUUCGCGAAGACCUCGACUUCUACGCAAUCCCGCCGCAUCGCGACAUAUCUCAGCCAGAGAUGAUCGAAGUUAAGCGCGCCGCCGGCGAAGCACUGUUAAAGCAGGACGGUAUCUUCUCCGGGCUGCGGAAGAGCGAGGAGCCGGGCACGACCGAACAGCACCUCAUUGAGAUGUUAACUGCGGGUGGUUUUAAUCACGACGACCGAUGGGGACACCGCGCCGGAGAGCCAAACAAGGCCGUCAUCUGCAGCAUCGCGCUAGCGCGCCUCCGAACCGAUAUAAAGGGUAAUGACUUGGCGAACAGCAGCGCCGUCGGAAUGGCACAAAAGCUGCUCCUCUUCUGGAGGAAACCCGCUCGACGAUGCUGGUGGGAGGGCGUUGAGCUGGACAACGUGAAGGGCGUAGAGGGCAAGCUAAAGGUGUGGAUUAGGAGGGUUUGGACGCUGGAAAUGAGCGUCAUCGGACUGCGCUGAUGUGAUACCCGCGCCUUUUCCUUUGUCAACGGGCUGGUCUGCUUCUAUUCGACACACCACCCUACAUAUUCUCAUUCCCCUCACCGAUCAUCAGCCCCCGAAUUUGGAAAAGCACGGCUUGCAGGUUUUUCAGGUUAGCGGAUUUCCUUCGUUCUUCAGUUUUGAUACCUCUCUCCCCAGUCUCUCUCCUUUUCAGAUGAGACAGGGUAGAUGUCAGAUAUCCACAGCUGCAUUGUGCCAACGUAGAUAGCACACCAAUUCCGGAUAGGGGGUUUCGAUGGGCGGAUGGUGGAGAUGGUGAAGUACAUACUGCUUUGUAGACUACAGCAUACCAAUCCUAGGGAAAAUUAUAAUACUGAUAUCAAUGCG